GUCACGAAGUCUACAGUUAGCUCUGAGGCUUAGAUAUUACAAGCGAGUGUCGUAUAGGCGAGGAGAGUCGGUGACACCGCUCUGACGGACGUGGAGAGGUGGGCUCUUCAAACGAUCGAGCCGUGGAGCUCAGCGCCGGUGCGGGCAUCGACGGACUUCACAUAACUUGCCAGCCUGAUCCCCCUAACGUUUGAUCGCGUCCCCCUUUCUUUCUCUCUCACACCAUGAGGUCCAAACGGAGGAUGCCUGCUCUGUUUGUUAUUCCAGCCGAGAGAGAGAAGCACGCAAGCGUGUAAAGAAGAGACAGGACGCCUUUGGAGCGCUCUUUCAUAUAUUAGGACAAAACCUCCGGUGUUUUUAUUUUUAUUUUAUCAAGGCCCGCAGCGGUGCACGCAUCCCACCUUGGAUUAUCAUCAGCGUGGACAUAUGGGGAAGAGAGGACACAUCAGUGCGUUCACUUUUAAAGCAACGCACAGGGUCUUGACGCUAUUGCGUUACGCAUCUGUUUCCCUGUGAGUCUCUUCUUUUUUCCUCCUCCCUAUCCAUAUCCCCGUUGAAAUAGAGUUCUCUGCAGCAUUUUGAAAAGUCAAAUAUCGGUGGUAAAAAGGAAAACAGAGCGGGUUGUGUGUAGUCUGAGAGGAACGAGAGGAGGAGUAGGGGGGGGGGGGGGGGUGCAGAAUGAGGUGUGUUUUCUCUCUUUUUGGGAAACGCCGGAGAAAGACGGGAGAAGGUGUAUAAGCCCGCUGCCCUGUGAAAGCCUGCGUCGCGCUGCCCUCCUGAGAGAUAACUGCGAUCUGAGAAGAAAUGGCCUAGUAAAAAAAAAAAAAAAAAAAUCAAAAGAUCAGAGGACAGAAGAAUCGUGCUGUGGAUGGACGGGCCAGACAUCAUCUUAAAUCCCCGGCGCUCGCAUCGCGUCUUUAAGGUUUAAUUGGUGUCCUGACUGCAGCGCUGGACUUAGUUUGAAAGAGCAAGACGAAUGAACCUACACAGUCUAACUGAGAAUGCUUCCCAUCCCAUCACCUCACCAUGUCUCUAUGGAAACACUAUUAACUGCCCCCCUUCCACAAUUCCUCCUUUUGCCUUUGUCGCUUCCCUAUAACCCCCUGGGUCUUUGAUCCUCCCUCUGUUCUAGCCACAGUCCCUGUGAUCUGAGUCCAAUAGUUUUAUUUUGGAAAUGUUCAUUUUUCCGUUCAAUGCUGCCAGCCACUACGGCUACGGUGGGAAGCGUCUGAAUACUUCUCAGCAGGCCCCCAACUCCUGUCUGAUGUGGCUCUUGGGACUAGUGCUGCACUUGACUCUCUCUUCCUCUCAGCGUAUGGAUCUGAAAUAUUCCAUAGUUUCUACAGGCUAUGGAAAGGUCCGUGGUAUCAGGAAGGAGCUGAACAAUGAGAUCUUAGGCCCAGUGGAACAGUUCUUAGGCGUGCCGUAUGCCACUGCACCCAUCGGCGAACGCCGUUUCCAGCCUCCUGAAGCCCCGGGCUCCUGGCAGGAGAUACGCAAUGCCACCCAGUUUGCACCUGUGUGCCCCCAGAAUGUCCACGGCGUUUUACCGGAGAUCAUGCUGCCGGUGUGGUUCACAGACAACCUGGAUGCAGCGGCUACCUAUGUUCAGAACCAGAGCGAGGACUGCCUUUACCUUAACAUUUAUGUGCCCACUGAAGAUGGUCCGCUCACAAAAAAACAUGAUGAAUCCACCAUGAACAGACCAAGGGAUGAAGAUAUUCGAGAUCGUCGAAAGAAACCAGUCAUGCUCUUUGUCCACGGAGGCUCCUACAUGGAGGGCUCAGGGAACAUGUUUGAUGGGAGUGUCCUUGCUGCUUACGGAAACGUGAUUGUUGUCACCAUGAACUAUCGUCUUGGUGUGCUUGGAUUUCUGAGCACAGGAGACCAAUCUGCUAAAGGGAACUAUGGUUUGUUGGACCAGAUCCAGGCUCUGCGCUGGCUCAAUGAAAACAUUGGCCACUUUGGAGGAGACCCAGAGAGAAUCACGAUCUUUGGCUCUGGAGCUGGUGCUGCCUGUGUGAACCUUCUCAUUCUUUCCCAUCAUUCUGAGGGCCUGUUCCAGAGGGCCAUCGCUCAAAGUGGCUCAGCCAUCUCCAGCUGGUCAGUCAACUACCGCCCACUGAUGUACACCAAAAUCCUUGCAAAGAAGGUGGGCUGCACUCUGGGGGACAUGGCUGAGUUGGUGGACUGCCUCCGAAGGAAGAGUUUCCGGGAGCUAGUGGACCAAGAGAUUCAGCCUGCCCGAUACCACAUUGCCUUUGGACCUGUGGUGGAUGGGGACGUGGUGCCGGAUGACCCAGAGAUCCUCAUGCAGCAGGGCGAGUUUCUCAACUACGACAUAUUGCUAGGCGUCAACCAGGGAGAAGGCCUAAAGUUUGUGGAUGACAGUGAAGGAGAAGACGGGAUAUCAGCGGCUUCAUUUGACUACACUAUCUCAAACUUUGUGGACAAUCUGUAUGGAUACCCUGAUGAUAAAGAUAUCCUAAGGGAAACCAUAAAGUUUAUGUAUACAGACUGGGCUGACAGGGACAACAGUGACAUGCGCAGGAAGACUCUCCUGGCUUUGUUCACAGACCACCAGUGGGUGGCCCCAGCUGUUGCCACUGCCAAACUGCAUGCAGAGUUCCAGUCACCCGUCUACUUCUACACCUUCCACCACCACUGUCAGACCGAGGCACGGCCGGACUGGGCAGACGCCGCCCAUGGAGAUGAGAUCCCAUACGUGUUUGGGAUUCCCAUGGUGGGAGCCACUGACCUUUUUCCCUGUAACUUCUCUAAGAACGAUGUCAUGCUCAGUGCCGUGGUCAUGACCUACUGGACCAACUUUGCAAAGACAGGGGAUCCUAAUCUACCUGUUCCUCAGGAUACAACAUUCAUUCACACUAAGCCUAACCGUUUCGAGGAGGUCAUCUGGACCAAAUUCAGCUCCAAAGAUAAGCAGUACUUGCACAUUGGCCUGAAGCCACGUGUCAGAGAUAACUACCGUGCCAACAAGGUGGCCUUUUGGCUGGAGCUUGUGCCACAUCUCCACAGCCUGCGCGAAACACUCUUAAACGCAGUCACAACUCGGUUGCCACCUGGAGGCACCAGCCGACGGAAGGUCCCCCAUUCCGGCACCCGCUCCACCCAGCAACCAGUAAUGUCCACCUACCCACCAGAAUCUGACCCCGACAGCUCGGAAAGACCCCGCUACUCUCCCUUCCCAAGUAAGACAAGGGACUACUCCACUGAGCUAAGCGUGACGGUGGCCGUCGGCGCGUCUCUUCUUUUCCUGAAUGUGCUGGCAUUCGCAGCACUUUACUACAAACGGGAUAAGCGCCAUGAACUCAUGCAGAGGCGUCACCGCCGGCUCUCCCCACAACGUGGCACAACGAUGGCCAUAGGGGUCGGCAUGGGAGUUGUGGGUGCCCCACCGCACAACGACCUGGCGCUGAGUCAGGAGGAGGAGCUGAUGUCACUGCAGAUGAAGCAGCAGAGGGUGGAGUUGGAGCAUGGGACGCCACUCCCUUCCCGUGCCAUCCAUGGCGACCUGGAACCCCUGCGGCCUCCCGUGUGCCCACCCGACUACACGCUGGCGCUGAGGCGGGCACCGGAGGACGUGCCACUGAUGACCGCCAACACCAUUACCAUGAUCCCCAGUACCAUAAGCAGCAUCCAGCCACUCCACCCCUUUAACACUUAUCCCCCUGUCCCAGCCCCUUCGUCAACACCUGUCCCCAGCCACAGCAACAAUGCCCUGCCUCACCAACACUCUACUACCCGUGUAUAGGACCAGGCACAAGCUUUGCUACCCCUUCUGGUUCACCAAGAUGCACCACACAAACUGCUUCAUUCUACCUUUCACCAUCUUUCUGUUCUUCUUUACUGUCUUUAUGUCUUCUUCCUCAUCAAGCCCUCGGAAAAAGCUGCAGUUUGUAAGAUUUGAAGCAGUGAAAUACCUCUUAGCUAUAAUCACAAUUCAAAAGCUCCUUUGUCAUCAUGCUUAUUUGCGUUAAAGCUCGAUGAACAUUUGGUGCUUAGAAAAGGUCACCAGUCAUGCCACUUUAGGCUCGUAGCGCCCUCGGAGAGGUGUCAUAAUCAGUCAGACAUUCACCGUGUAGUUCGGUUGUUUGCCGCAGGUGUUUCUUCGUGUCAUUGUGCUGUGUUUAACAAAGAGUACAAACCCACAUUGUCAUUCAUUUAGGGAGAAGAUGAUACAGUAGCAAACAGCUUUGUGCAAGGCAGCAUAUGUCCCAGCAAGCUGUCUGUCAUAAAGCGUUGGUUUCUUGAAGCUUACAAAUUGCAGCUUUAAAGGCCCAAUCUGGAAGGGAGAUUUGGCACCCCGUACAGAGCACUGUGCUCCAACAGCUGUCUCUACAUUGUACAUUUUUAAGGAUUAUUGUAGAGUGUAAAAUAUACUGGCGAGGCUGGGAAUAGAGCUAAUGUUUGACAGCUACACAUGACUAAAUCUAUUUUAGAUUCUUAAACAAUAUUUCCAGUGUUUUGGGAAGUGUUCAUACAUCUUGGACAGUUUCACGUUUUGUUAUAUUACGACUGCAAACUUUAAUGUAUUCUGUUAGGAUUUUAUUUGAUGGAUCAACUCAAAGUAGAGUCAAAGUGUGAGUGGAAGGAAAAUAAUACAUGGUUUUCCAAACAGUUUCUAAAUAAAAAUCCAAAUAGUGUGCCGUCCAUUUCUAUUCAGGUAUUUCUGUACUAGAUUUUAAUAUCUACAGAUUGAAUUUAAACUUCUUAUUCUUUGUGAAGUAGUUCAGUCUCAUUUAGAAAGGAUGGAGAUAAUCUGUGAACAUCAGUUUUUCAAGUCUUGCCACAGAUUCCCAGUUGAAUUUAGGCCUGAACUAAGCCUCUCUAACAUAUGAAUAUACUUAACUCUUUUUAACAAGUACCAGCUCAGUAAAUGUUGUUAGUGUCAUUAUGUUUACUGAUCAUUUUUUACAAAAAUUCAAAAACAGUAGUACAAUUGCAUUUUUUUUGUGUAAUGUCAAAAAAGUAAAAAAAAAAAUUUAUUUAUUGGCAGUGAUUUUGAUAUUUUGAUUUUUAACUUAAACUUAACACAAAGGUCCUUGGAAGCUAGUCAAAAUUCCAAGUGGGAAAGUCAGACAUUUUUCGCUAGUUUUAACCUCAAAAUCCAAUAUCACAAAUCUUUGCAUAAAAAACUUAUUCAUAUCCAGUCUGCAAAAAAAUGGUAAUUUGUCUUUGUGUAUAAAUCUGAACCUCUAUACUCAGACACAGACACACAAUAUGUUACCUACAAUUUUCUUUAGGAAACAUUUUGCUGCAAUGAAAUAUCCCCAUAGCUUGUAUUGCUAAUUCCUGGUCAAUUGAAUUAUCAAACAACGAAUUCUCCCAGUUAUUGAAACUGGAAAAGUUGUUAAAAUUGUAUUCCCAUGUCCAGGUUUUGACUUCAACAAAUAAAACAGAACAAGUAGGCUUCAACACUUUCCUUGUUUACUGUUGUCCUCUACAGUUCUGUAUUUUGUUUUUUGUUUUUUUGUGUUUACCUUGCCUUGCAAAUAACAUUUCUUCUAAAUGGCCACUAAAGACAGCUCAAAUACCACCAGGGAGACUUGUCUCACAGUUUGAGAGCCUGGGGUCUAAGUUAUUGUGUUGUAGCUCUGAUUGUAUGUUCUUCAUCAUUCUCCUGUUAAAAGAUGAACCUGCAUCUCAGUCUCAAAACUUAUCUUUUUUCUUCCUGGAUUGACCAGUGUUUAGCUCCCCAUAGCAUGAUGCUACCACCACCAGUGCAUGGCUGUUUUCUAAUGGGGAGGUUGUGUUCAGGGUGAUGUGCAGUAUUAGUUUUCCUCCACAUCCAAUACUUUUCAGACUUCUUAUUGUAACAUGAAUAGAAAGCCAUGUACGACUUGUCUUCCACAUGACAAUGUGCGCUACUUUAUGUUGGUCUGUGACACAAAAAUCACAAUCAAGCACAUUAAGUUUUGCGGUUCUGACGAAAUGUGGAAAUACCUUUACAAACACUGUAUCAAUUUAAAUGCCAUGUAAAAACAAUACAUUAAUGAAUUAUUUCUCUUUUUUUUUUCUGUGUGGGGUGCUACUUCCCAAACAUUUCCAGACUGGGGCUUGAUCUUUCAUGCAAUGCAGAAAGUAACAGAAUCCCAUUCAGCAAGACGCAGCCUGGAAUCCAGGCUGCCCAUAAGACAUCACUGCAUCCAUGCCUCACAGGCUCUACUCACAUCUAUUACUUUAUUUGUUUUUCACUCAUUGUCUCUCUGUCACAGCUCUUUUAACUGAUUCUAUCAUCUCACCACCAUUCCACCCACCCCCAUGCAUCCUCUCUUGAAGCUCUUCUUAUUAAACAACAGCGACAUAAUCCAGUUUUUGUGUCCUCCUUCUCUCAAUCACUUCUAGACUCUCUUUUCCUUUUAGAGUCUUUUAUACAAAAAAAAACACAGAUGUAAAUGAUGUAUUAUUAAUAAAUUGUAAGGAUAUGAAUGAAAAAAAAAGAUAUUCUGAUAUCUAGUUUUUACCAGCAUUCUUGGUGCCAAGUACUGUGACAAAGUUCCUGUUUGGCCGGCAUCCGGUGGACCGCUUGCCAAAGUCUGUCCUGACUGAAUCUCAUGAAAAAAAAGGAGUUCCAUUCAAAAGAAAGUGCCAAGCCCUUUAUCUUUCAUUUCGAACCACACACACUUUGUGUUUAUUUACACUCAAUGUUGCACUGUGGCUGGUCUCUUCUAUAAAGGGAAAUCAGAUUCAAUAUGUCCUCAUUAAGGAGAAAAAAUCUAUCAAGUUUUAUUAAGUAUUUUGCUGUGUGGGAUAGUUGCAUGAUUUUUUUCAAGUGUGUGGGCAGAAUUUUUCAUUUUAAUAAUUUCAAUUGCCUUGUUCUUUGUUUUUCUUUGAAUUCUUUUUACUUUGGAAAAUUUUUAUUUUCUAUUUUAAUAUCAGCUGCACUUUGUGGUACUUCAGAAAGUAUUAAAGUAUUAAGGAGAUGAAUAUUGUGUAAAGCUAUGAUUAUAACAGAGAGUAAAUAUUUCCUGUUUAUUUUGUUUUCAUUUACUAACUGUGCCACAAGACUACCAUAGACUGAUGAAAGCCUUGGUUUUUUUUUUCCCCUCAUUUGUUUCUUUCUCUUUUACAACUGUCAAGUUUGCACAGUCACUGUCUCCUGAUCUCAUCUGAGUAAAGCACUUUUUACGUUUCAAAAGAAAAACAGAGACAUGACUUCUUUACAUUAAUAAUCCAAACAAGGUUCAUGUUUGUGAAUGACAUUAACGUAAUGCGUCAAGCAUUUGAGGACGGCUCAAAUUGUUAAUUUUUUGUCAGCUCUUUUGUUGUCUCUUGGUUUUUUGCUUCAGCACGGCGGGUGAAAAGAAAUAUAUAUUUAUGGUCAAAAAGAUAAGAAAGCCUUGUAUGAUCGUGUCACUUGUUUUGCACAACUGAACACAAGGUUGGGUCGUACCCUGGACAAUAACGGAAAAAAAGUGGAAAAAAAAAAGAAAAACUUUGACAUUAGAACAACAGUGGGGAAGCACUGAUUCACUGGUGAUGACAACGAAACAGUCUGUGAUCUGUCAAUGCACAGAGAAUGCAUUGGGGUGGGGAAAAACCCUGAUUAAACGAGACGUUACACCAUGUACCACAAAAAGCGAGGCGACUGGGAUUAGUAUCCCUACUGUCUGUAACGUCCUGUGUGUUUAGGAUGAUGACGCUCCCGGAUCCAGACUGCCAUCUCUCAUGCUGGGCUGGAGCGAGCUGGGAGGACGAAAAACACAGAGAACCACAAACUGAACUUUAUUUUUAAGUGUACAAGAACAAACUGGAAUUUGUAAAUAUUAUGUUUGUUGUUUGGUUUUGAGUGAUUGGCCAGAUCUUUUCUUUGAGGCAACAGGUGCAAGUUUAGAUGACUUACAUGAUUUUAACGCUCAUGCACACAGCCGGUUUGAUUCUCCUUUAUUUACAGUGCCUUGCGAAAGUAUUCUUCGGCAUAACCCCUAAACCGGUUGACACGUUGUAGACACAGUUUUCCAUGUAGUUCAAUAGGAUCUAAUUUAAUAGAUCUACAUAAACUAUAUUGGGGAGUGGAAGGAAAAUGAUACAUGAUUUACAAUUAUUCCACAAAAAAAACAUUGGUGAAUUUUGGCAUGUAUUUGUAUUCAGCCUCCUCUGACUCAGUAAGUUGUAGAACCAGUCUUUUGAGGUGUUCUCUACCAGUUUUGCACAUUUUGCCACAGAUUCACAGUUGCAUUUAGGUCUGGAGUUUGACAGAACCUUUUGUUAAUCAAUGAAUAUUCUUUGAUGUAAACAAUUCCAUUAUAGCUCUGGGUGUUUGUUGUUUUCCUGCUGGGAGUUGAACCUUCACCCCAGUCUCAAGUCUUCUGCAGCCUCAAACAGGUUUCCAUUAAGGUUUAGGACCUACUCUUACCAAUUAUGAGACUUCUGAAGACAGUUGGUUGCACUGGAUCUUAUUUAGGGGUAUCAGAGUAAAGGCUGGAUACCAAGACUUGGUCCAUUUUUCACAUUCUUGUUUGUUGAAGAAAAUCAGAACCCAUUAAUUAUUUAUUACCAGUUUAAAAAUAUGCACUUCUUUAUUUUGUUCCAUCACAAUAAAUACUAAUUAAAUGCAUUGAAGUUUAUGGUUGUGAUGUAACAAAAUGUAAAGAAGUUCAUAAUGACUUUUGCAAGGCAUUGUAAUUGAGCUCAAGAAUAAAUCUUAUAAGGUAUUGGGCACGUGAGUACAACUAUCAGCAUACAUGAAUGAUUAAACAAAAAAUCUAAAGCAUGGCUGAGGUACACAAACAGAAAGAGGAAUGCUUCUGGGUCCAAAUAGCCUAGAUCCUGUGAUUACCUAUGGUCGUCUAUAGCAUACCGUGCACACUUUGCCCCAUCCCAUCAAUCAUAAAAGGAAGCUUUUGAAUUAGAUGAGUUCUCUCAUUGGUAAAUAAGCCAAAGAACAGCUGCAGAGAACAGAUGAAGGAAGGGGAAACAGGAAGGAUUUGAGUAUUGAGCAAAAAAAAACCAAAAGAUUUUGUUACGAAUUGGCACAAAGCAAGCCGUUAAUUAGGAAAUUCAACUUGUGAUGCUGGUGAACUUGAUUGUUAUUGUCUCACAUUGUCUUGAGCAUACAGUAUACACUCACGUAACUGGGAGGUUGUAAAAUAUUUUGUACUCUUUUGGGCUUAUUUCAAAUUAUAUUCAUAGUGGUUGUUUUGCUAACAUUUGCCAUUUUUGUCUGCACAUCCUGUUAAUGGGAUUGUUGACUCAGCUGUUUGUUGUGAGUUUCAGUUUCCUGCGCUUCUAAAAUUAACAUAGCAAAAUACUUUUCCCUAUCUCUCUUUUGGAAACAAGGGUUUAAAACCAGCCAACAGAAAACGGAAGCACACUCACCAAGUCUACAUGUUUACACUACAGUUCUGAUGUUGGCUUACGAUUGGCAUUACAUAGAAUCAAAAAUCCUAUUCUUGAAACAUUUGAUGCCAGAUGUUACAGUGAAGGCUUGCACCUGUUUGUCUGUUUCAUUUAGUCUGAUUCAGUGACCUGCUUGAGGCGCAAAAUACACUGAGGGAGCAUAUUUGACUAUAAGGGGUUGAGAGAAUUAAAGUUAAUAUUUCUAUUUCAAAUAGAGGCUAUUACACACUGUAUGUUGUGUACCUGAACUGGAAAACAUUAAAAGACAUUCUUAAACAAA